GUAACUAGAAUGCGCUAUAAGCAGGAUUGAAACGAAGCACCUCAUGCCAAAUCAAAUUCCCCUUUCUAUAUAAUUAUAAACCCUUGAAUUCCCACAUGCAAUAAGCUUUUUGUUACACUUAGCAUGGCCCCCAGCUUAAGCAAAACCUCGGAACAACACGCACUUUCUGUGGUCCAUGCCGAUUCACCCUUCUCCAUAACCUUAGAAGGAUCGAACUUUGUGGCUAACGCUCACCCUUUUCUCACCCAAGUUCCGGCCAACAUAGUAGCCAGCCCUGCGCCCUCUCUCGGUUCCAAGCCCAACACCACCCCCGUGGGCUGCUUGGUGGGCUUCGACGCCGACCGCCCCAGAAGCCGACACGUGGCAGCGGUGGGCAAACUGAGGGGCAUCAAGUUCAUGAGCCUAUUCCGCUUCAAGGUGUGGUGGACCACCCACUGGGCCGGAAGCAACGGGCACGAGAUGGAGCACGAAACCCAAAUGCUCUUGCUUGACAAAAACCAUGCACUGGGGCGCCCCUACGUGUUGCUUCUCCCCAUCCUUGAAGGCUCCUUCCGAGCCUCGCUCCAACCCGGCUUCGAUGACUACGUGGACGUCUGCGUGGAGAGCGGGUCCACACGUGUCACCAGCUCCAGCUUCAGGAGCUGCUUGUACAUCCACGUGGGCGACGACCCCUACAGGCUUGUCAAAGAAGCAACCAAAGUGGUUAGAAUGCAUCUGGGGACUUUCAAGCUUCUGGAAGAAAAAACCCCACCAGUGAUUGUGGACAAGUUCGGUUGGUGCACGUGGGACGCAUUUUACUUGAAGGUGCAUCCGGAGGGAGUAUGGGAAGGGGUGAAGGGGUUGGUGGAGGGAGGGUGUCCGCCGGGGAUGGUCCUCAUCGACGACGGGUGGCAAUCGGUUAGUCACGACGAGGAGGAAGAAGAGGCUGUGGACCGAACCUCAGCUGGGGACCAAAUGCCUUGCAGGCUCGUGAGGUUGGAGGAGAAUGACAAGUUCAGGAAUUACAGGAGUGGAGGGAGGAAUGGGUAUGGGAUGGGGGCGUUUGUUAGGGAUUUGAAGGAGCGGUUUGGGAGCGUGGAGCAGGUGUACGUUUGGCACGCGCUCUGUGGGUACUGGGGUGGUGUCAGGCCUCAGGCUCCGGGCAUGCCCGAAGCUAAGGUGAUAACUCCGAAGCUGUCCAAAGGGUUGGGAAUGACAAUGGAGGAUUUGGCGGUGGAUAAGAUUGUGAAUAACGGCGUGGGACUAGUGCCACCUCACCUCGCUCACCGCUUGUUCCAGGGGAUUCACUCGCGUUUGGAAUCCGCCGGAAUUGACGGCGUCAAGCUUGACGUUAUACACUUGCUUGAGAUGCUAGCGGAGGAAUACGGUGGGCGUGUUGAGUUAGCCAAAGCUUAUUACAAAGCACUUACUGCUUCGGUGAAGAAGCAUUUCAAAGGCAACGGAGUCAUUGCCAGCAUGGAGCAUUGUAAUGACUUCUUUCUCCUUGGCACCGAAGCCAUAUCCCUUGGGCGCGUAGGAGAUGAUUUUUGGUGCACUGAUCCGUCUGGGGAUCCAAAUGGUACGUAUUGGCUCCAAGGAUGUCACAUGGUGCACUGUGCCUACAACAGCUUGUGGAUGGGAAAUUUCAUUCAGCCGGAUUGGGACAUGUUCCAGUCCACUCACCCUUGUGCCGAAUUCCAUGCUGCCUCUAGGGCCAUAUCUGGUGGACCCAUUUACGUUAGCGACUGUGUUGGAAAGCACAACUUCAAGUUGCUCAAGACCCUCGCUUUGCCUGAUGGCUCCAUCUUGCGUUGUCAACAUUAUGCACUUCCCACACGAGACUCUUUAUUUGAAGAUCCAUUACAUGAUGGCAAAACAAUGCUCAAAAUUUGGAAUCUCAACAAAUAUACAGGUGUUUUGGGAGUAUUUAAUUGCCAAGGAGGUGGGUGGUGCCCUGUGACUCGGCGAAACAAGAGUGCCUCUGAAUUUUCACGCACUGUGACAUGCUUAGCGAGUCCUGGGGAUAUUGAAUGGAGCAACGGGAAAAGUCCAAUAGACAUAAAAGAAGUGGAAGUGUUUGCUCUAUAUUUGCUCAAGGACAACAAACUAAAGCUCAUGAAGUCUUCGGAGAACUUGGAGGUUUCACUGGAGCCAUUUAGUUUUGAGCUUUUGACAGUGUCUCCAGUGACAGUGUUACCAAAAAGGUUAAUUCAGUUUGCUCCAAUUGGACUAGUGAACAUGCUUAACUCGGGUGGUGCCAUUCAGUCCCUGGAGUUUGAUGACCACACGGAUUUGGUCAAAAUUGGGGUGAGGGGUUGUGGGGAGAUGAGGGUGUUUGCUUCAGAGAAGCCACUUAGUUGCACAAUUGAUGGGGUGGCUGUGAAAUUUGAUUACGAGGAUAAGAUGGUGAGGGUGCAAGUUCCAUGGCCUAGUUCUUCAAAAUUGUCAAUGCUUGAGUUUUUGUUUUAAUCCCUAGCAAGGUGAAUUUGGGAUCUUUAAUGUUGGAUUCUAUGUUUUUAAGUAACAAGAGUCGAGUUCAUUUGUUUCUUUUUUUUUUUUAAUCAUUUUUAUAAAGCAAUAUCUGUCUA